CUCCGUCCCCUUUCUUUCCUCCACAGUCGCCAACUCCGCGAGAAGUGAGCGCGCGAGUGACAGACGAUCGGACGCGCGACUUCACAAACGCGCGCGCCGCUCGCUCCAUCCCCACCCUCUCUCUCUCUCUUGCACGAUUGGCACGGUUGGCUACGUACGGCGCGAAAGAAGUUCAACAUACGUCCUCACACUGUUGUAGGGACACAUCCCCGCGGAACCAGACACAGAGAUUUCUCUGCGCGUCGCACUCGAGUGAACGUGUUUAGACGGCGCAUCACCAUCCACUGCCUCCUACUAGCAGCAGCAGCAGGGCAAACAGAUUAGCACGGUUGGCUACAGUACGGUGCGAAAGAAGUUCAACAUACGUACGCGAGGAGGAGGGGCUAUGGUUGGUGUCGAGUGAAGUGUUACUGUAAAACCACAAUGCCGGGCUGGAAGACGAAGCUGGGAUCCUGCCUUCAGUUUCACCUGUUGGAGGAUGAAGCCAGCUACGCGCGCGGCGGAGCGCAGAGCCAGCCCCCAGCCGUCACGGGGGACACGUCGCCGCCGUCUCACCGGCAGGGCAUCCCGGAGGAUUGCAAAGGCACGGUGACCGUGGAGCUGGUGAAGAAGGAAGGCUCUUCGCUGGGUCUCACCGUGUCCGGCGGAGCAGACAAAGACUCCAAACCCCGUGUCUCCAGCCUCCGUGCCGGAGGCGUGGCAGCGAAGAGCGACCAGCUGUGCGUGGGCGACUACCUGCACUCGGUGAACGGGAUCCACGUGUCCCGGCUGCGGCACGAGGAGAUCGUGAGUCUCCUGCGCAGCAUCGGGGAGCGCGCCCUGCUCGAGGUGGAGUACCCCCUGCCCCCGCCCGCACUCGAUGGGACUUCAGUCGUGCACAAGACCAUCGAGAUUACCCUGCACAAAGACGGAAACAGUUUUGGAUUCGUGGUCCGAGGCGGCGUUCAGUCCGACAAGAAGAAGUCGCGGCCUAUCGUGGUGAGCCACGUCAGGCAAGGGGGCCCAGCUGACAGGGAUGGAACCCUCAAGGCAGGCGACCGCCUGCUCGCCGUGGAGGGGAUCCCCGUGCAGGGCCUCUCACUCUGCGAGGCAUCUGUCGUCCUCAAGCAGAGCGGCCAGGAUGCCCGCGUGCUCGUUGAGUACGACGUCUCCGUCAUGGAGAGUGUGCAGAAUGCCACGGGCCCGCUGCUCGUCGAGAUACGCAAGACAUCCGGGGCCAACCUGGGCAUCUCGCUGUCCAAGGAAUCGUGCGGAAUGAAGCAGAUCUUUGUCAUCGACAAGAUCCGGCCGGCCAGCAUCGCCGAGAGGUGCGGUGCCCUGCACGUGGGGGACCGCAUCCUGUCGGUGGACGGCAGCGGCGUGGAGCAGAUGAGCGUGGAGGAGGCCAGCGUGCUGCUCGCCUGCUCGGGCAGCUCGGGGGGCGACGGCAUCAAGCUGGAGAUCCUUCCGUCGCUCGCCCCCCGCCCCACCGGCACGGCACCGGACUCCGGCGUCGUCGUCGCCGUGGAUGCGAGCAGCCAUCUGGACGCGUGUGCCGCCCGCGUAAAGGAUGCCGCCCCCGUCUCCUGCAGGCCUCCCAUUCCACCUCGCCACCUCAGACAUCGGACACUGCCCACCCCGAGCACGUCCUCCGCGUCGGACCACGUGCAGAGCCUGGGCUCCCUUCAGCUGGCGACGUUGCCCUAUCCCACGAGCCCCGGAGGCAGCCUGCCCCGCCGGGCCCACGCUGCCUCCUCCCCGCCCUCCGGGGGAACCCUGCCCAGGAUGCGCCAUCCCAGCAGCGCGGGCGCCGCGGCGCCUGCGGCGGCGCCCCCCAGCCUCUACCCCGGCAGCCCCGGCGGCACUUUCCCCCGGACGCACCAGCCGUCGACCCCGGGAGGCUCGCUGCCCCGGAGCAUGUGCACCUCCAGUCCCAGCGGCAGCCUGCCCAGGAGCCUGCGCUCGGCCACCUCCGACAGCACGCUGCCCCGGGGAUUCUCGAGUGCGAGCGCGUGCAGCACCGUGUCGCGCACCUACUGCCCCGUGAGCCCCGCGGGCAGCCUCAACCGCAGGAAGCUGUGGGGCAAGGACUCGCGCAGCUCGUCGUGCAGCACGCUGGGGCCCGGCGGCCAGGUGGUGCACACCGAGAGCGUGGCGCUGCACCUCGCCUCCGACGGGGGCCCUGGCUUCGGCCUGCACCUGCAGGGCGGCACCUUCUCCACCGACGUCUUCGGAGCGCCGCUGCUCAUCGGAUACAUCGAGCCCGACAGCCCUGCCGAGAGGUGCGGCCUCCUGCAGCCGGGCGAUCGCAUCCUCUCUGUCAAUGGAAUCCCCACGGCGGAGCUGGGCUCGCUGGCAGAGGUGUCGCAGUACCUCCACGAGCAGGCCCUGGUGGGCAGCGCCUCACUCGAGGUGGAGUUUGACGUUGCCGAGUCGGUGAUUCCGAGCAGUGGCACUUUCCACGUCACACUUCCCAAGAAGAAAGGCGUGGAGCUGGGAAUUACCAUCACGUCGCCGACUCACAGAAAGCCGAGCGAGCCGCUGGUGAUCACAGAAAUCAAGAAGGGCAGUGUGGCGCACAGACUGGGCACGCUGGAGCCCGGCGACCGCCUCCUGGCCAUCAACCACACGCGCCUGGAAACCUCCUCGGUGGAUGAGACUGUCCACAUCCUGCAGCAGAGCGACGACUUCGUCAAGCUCAAAGUCCGCAAGGAUGAAGACAACUCUGAUGAGCAAGAAGCAUCGGGAGCCAUCAGCUACUCGGUGGAGCUGAGGCGACAUGGCGGUCCCCUGGGCAUCACCAUCUCGGGCACAGACGAACCCACGGACCCCAUCCUCAUCGCCAGCCUCACACCGGACGGCCUCGCAGAGCGAACCGGAGCGAUUCACGUCGGCGAUCAGAUCUUGGCCAUCGACGGGAUUUCUCUGAAGGGCAAGCCGCUGAGCGAGGCCAUCGCGCUGCUGCAGCGAGCCGGCGAGAUUGUGGCGCUCAAAAUCAAGAAGCGCACCGCAGAUGGCGGCAAGGAGGCCCCGGGCACGCUGGGGGACGUGAGCGACUCGGACGAGGACGACGGCGGAUUGGGGGGCGCGCGCCCUUCCCGCCUCUACCCCGGUGCCCUCACGCCGGGCUCGGACAGCGCCCUGGGCUCCUGGGAUGGCUCGGCCACCAACUCCAGCCGCCACAGCCACAGUGUGAAGGACGAGCGAAGCUCAAGCCCGAGCGUGCACACGGCGGAGUGCAGCGGCAAUGACGCAUCGCACAGGGACGGCUCGUCCCUCGGCGGCAAGAGCCCCGCCGCCGCCUCCCCGGGCCUCACGUAUAUUGGAAGGAGGUACUCAGCAGGCUCCGACAGCGAAGGACACUUCUUGCCACGAAAGCACGAAGUGGUGGAUGUUUGUGGGCCAUCUGCAGCACUGAAGGAUGUGAAGGUGACGCUGCACCGGAGGGACAGCACCGAGGACUUUGGCUUCAGCGUGUCGGACGGGUUGCUGGAGAAGGGCGUGUUCGUGACGUCCGUGCGGCUUGGCGGGCCCGCCGAGAGGGAUGGCCUCAGGCCCUUCGACAGGAUCGUGGAGGUGAACGGCGUGCAGCUGGGUGAGGCGGGCUGCGGCUCGCUCGUGCCGCUCGUGUCAGAGUCGCGCGACUCCGUCGAACUCCUCGUGAGCCGCGUGCAGCUCCCCUGCACCACCGAAGGCCGCCGGACCCCCACGCCGCCGCCGCGGCCUCGGCCCCCUGUGCCCGCCCCCCCACCGCACCUGCGCUGCAAGCCAGCCGAGCCCUGGGUGCCGGGGGGCGUAGGGCGAGCGGCGGACGGGGGCCGCUCGAGUCCGCUUGCGCUCUCCUGCCUCCCGCAGGCCACGCCGCGCCACCCCGAUUUCCCCGGUGGCGGCGGCGGUGACGACGUCGACAAGGGUGCCGCGCUGCCACCUUUUAUGCCCCUGCACCCCCGCGAGCAGCCGGCCGGAGCGGAGCAUCACAACAACCUGGAGAUGCUUUAGCCACGGACGCGCUGCGCCCCCCUAAGUGCGCCGAGCUAAUUGGAGCGAACUCUACGUACGGUCACGAUUGUCGCGUUUGCAGAGCGCAGUCAACAAUCAAAGUUGGAGGUGGGCCCCACGUUCUGACAGGCAUUGUGAACGGCGUUCAACUAUUUUGAUGGUCCGGAAACGAAAGUGGAAAUUCCACGUUCCUAUGGUGGGGGGGAGGGGGGGUCAGUCUGUCUCCAUGUGUGGAAGGGUCGCUGUUCACAUCCCACAAAGUGGUACUAAUUUUGGCGACCUUGAAAGGAUGAAAGGUGUCAACCCCCGGACUGGUAUUCAAACACGCAGACUUCCGAUUGCGAGCCAAGCACUUUGCCAUCAGCACCGCUCGGUCAGAUGAUGCACAGAAACGACUUGAUGCGGUUGGUGAUGCAGAUCAAAUUGAUCCUUAUGCUGAAGGAACGCGAUGUCACUGUUGCAAGAUAAGCAACUUUGAAGGAGAAUUUCAUUAAAUGGAACUUGAUGAUUCUUCGUUGAGUAACGGUGGGAAUUGUUAUUUGAAUCAACAAUGCCUGGCGAUGACGGCUUGCUUGGCUUGGCGUAAAACGAUUGAGGAUGUAAUCGUGCACUUGUCUCGUUGUUAAAGUAAAAAAAAAAGUCUCCAUCGUACAAAGUGAACAUUACAUUGUUGCAAUGGCUUCAUUAAAUUAAACAUUCUAAUGAUGAAAUUUUGGUGGCUAUUUUGAACGUGCAAAGUUUCACAAUGUUCGUUUUUUAUCACCAACCUUAGCCCCAAACGGAAUAUGAACACAAGAGGUGAAGAAACAUCCCUGCAGAACUGCUCAUCACAGCGCACUCCGUCAGUGCAUUGCCCCCGGGCAAUGACACCACGGGAACACUGCUCAAGUCACUUUAGUUUAAGCAAGCAUAAGCAAGUUUGCAGAGGUUUGCGGUUCGAGCCCAGUGGCCACCCCGGUUACUACUGCCUGUUGAAUAACCAAUGUAUAUGCGCCAUCCAUUUGGUAGUGGACUGUAGAGAUCCCGUGAUGUUAUUCGCAAAAGAUCAGGCUGUGUGUGCCGGCAUCAUGUUCAAAAUUAUCUUAAUGUAAACAUCCUAUAAAUGAAAAUCCUUAUCUAUAGAUGGCACUCCUUCGUAUUGUGUAAAGAGUGGUUGGACAAAGUCAUGCAAAAUACAUUUUAUAUCAUAGCCAGGCAAAGGCCAAAGUGAAAAUCUACAGCCAUAAGGUUGUAGUCAUUACACACAAAGCGCUUGCCACAGAUGAACCACAAUACCUUGCUGAUCUCGUCAAGAAACAUAAACCAUCAUGAGAACUCCGGUCAUCCUCGCAGCAGCGGCUUUUGGCUUGCUAUCAAACAAGGACGGUCACCGCAUUGCGCGCUUUGAGAUGCGCUUAUGCAGCCGUCUGGAACACUCUUCCGAUAUUAGGAAGCCACUGGAGUUAUGCACUUUUGAAUCUCGAUUGAAAACUAAUUUCUUUAGAACUGCUUUUUGUGUUUAGUUUAUUGUCCUUCCCUCUAAUCUUCGAUUAGCAGGGUUGGCUACAUACGGUGACCUCUUCUGCUGUGCAGAUGGGCCACUGCAAAAACACUAACGUAGGAUGAAUGUUUAAUGUUUUAAGGCAGUACAAGCAUUAGUGACGAGAGUGUGUAAUACAUGGGUUUGUCGAGAACCGUUCUAACACUGAAAAUUAUGUUUAUAAGGGUCGGAGGAUAACGGUUCAGGCAAUGGCUAUUCGGAGCAGACAGCGGUGGUGAGUAGAGUGUCUGUCCACUUUAAAACAGCAAAGGUAAAUUGUCGGCUUUUUAAUUCGCACUUAUUAAGACAGUUUGACACGUAGGCUUUCGCGACCAAUAUCAUCCCUAAUAUAGGUGUUUUGGGGUUAGAUCGCAUAAAUAUAAAUGUGUCGUUAAACCCGCCACCACCCGAUCCAGCAAAUUAGUAAGGUUUGUCACAUAAACAGAACAUGCCAAUUGGUUACUAGUACAGCACACCGGUGUGUUGUACUCAGAUUGUACAUUUUGUGUAUUUACUCUCGAACACACUGGUUGAACAUUCUAAACAUAAACAAUUGACAGUGAUAUAAAAUGGUUUAAUUCUAGGGCACGUUAAAAUCCUGAAAAGGCUGUGAUGAGCAUUUCGGAUGUGUAGACGAGUAAAAUUGGUAGAAGCAACAUUGCUGUGUUUGUCGUAGUAAGCAUGGUAAUACUAAUAAGUUGGCGGCCAUUAUAAUUAUACAAAGAGCUCCAAACCAGAGUUGUGUGAAGAUGUAUUUACUCAGAGACAGGAAAUGCAUACGACAAAUCAUUGACUAUAAUGAUAGGCAUUUAUCAUGAUAUUGAUUCAGUUAGACUGUGCUAAAAUCAAUACAAUCUUACCUGACACGAUACACUGGGCUACAGUUAUUACAAAAGAAACUCUUUCUCACUUUGAGAAAUUCAUCAGAUUUUUUUUAUAAACAGGAUAAAAAUGAUUUUAAAAAAUUAAUUGGCUUUCAAAAUAAAAAGGUCUAAAGUUAACAUCUCCCCGUUCAAAUGUGCAAUCUGGCAGCCCUGGUGUCCCACGAGUGGUCCCAAGCCAGGGAUGGAAAUUCCACAUUUCCAUGACGAAGGUCAGCACCCCACAGGACAAUAACACGAACUGAAACCGAGACUGAAACUGAAUAUAAAUCUGGCUUCAGCUACUUUAGUUCCAACUCGGUUCUGCUGAUGACUACUAAAACUAAAUCCUACCUUGAUGUGACGGCGAGAGCGUCAAGGGCAGAUAUGGUCCCCUAUUUCCAGCUUACUGACUUCACAUUGCACAGCUGAUAAAUGUGUUUGGCCCAGUGAAAUUACAUUACAAAUGACCGGGAAAAAUUUUGCAGGAGUCAGAAGGGUAAUUGCCGCAAUUGUUACCCAACAAUAGUGUGGCGUGCUGCACAGAUUGCAGCAGACUUGUUGAGUAGUUCCUCUCAUCUAGGAGAGCAGAGGUGCUAUCAAUGUAGGUAGAUUCAAGUACUCUUAUGUGCUGGUAUGAUUCACAGUACAGGAUAUUUCUUAUAUACUUGUAAUGUUCGUGCAACAAUGUGUCAUCAGGGCUACGUCCAUUGAUGAACGAUUAAUUCUGACUGCCGGUAGUGAAGCGAUGAGCAUUUAUUUAUUUUGACAUCUCUGGACUGAAAACAACCCCUUUGCGAGAUGGUGCCUUCCCGUUACCGUAUUUGUGUGUGUGUGUGUAGCUUAUCAGUGCACACCACCACAACAGCCGUCUGAGACUUUGUAUUGUGAAGCACAGGAUCUCUUAAGGUGGGUCCAUCACCUCCCGUCGUUUCAGCCCGUUUAUUUAUAGCCACCGACUGGUUUACCUUCGAGCAGACAAUUCAGAAGGCAAUCUGAUAGUUUAUGUCGGCAAUUAUUGGUGUGAGAAGCCAGCUUAAACCCUCGUUACUUUUGUCAACAACGGAGUUUAACUUUGAAAGCUCGUCCAUGGGGGGGGGGGGGGAUGGUCGAGUCACGUUUCUCCGUUGUGAGUUUGAGCCAGUUGGCACAGGCCACGGUACCCUUUGACCCCACUCGCCACUCGAUCCUGUAGUUGGGCCAGGAAUAAAGUUUUGCAGCCGUUAUUCCGUGUUUCUAGCCUCUGGUUCCUUUUGCCAUGAGCGGAUCGUUUUUGGCUGUGAUUUGUUGUGCACUCUUGUGUCAGCGGGUAUCUAACGCGGGUGUGGAAGGGGAACACUGCCCAUUGGUGAUCAUUUUUGUGAGUGGAUGUGCUGGUUGAACUGUGUAAUGUAAAGUGACUGGAUAACAAAAAAGAAUUGUGAUAAUAAUUGUCUGAAAAGAGACUAAAUGUGUAAGAGCCACCCACAGAAUUGAAAUUAAAGGAGGUGUGACCCAUUACUCUGCUACAUUGCAACAUCGUUUACAUAACAAUAUUUGUUGUUAUACUUCUGUGCAAAAGAGCCUUCGCCUCAGUUUAUAAUGUAAUGCUGGAACAUUUUCAUUGGAUUUCAAUUUGUCUAAAGUUAAAAACAUUUAUGGGAUUGUGCUUAAUGACACGCCCUAUAAUGUGGGAAAUGUGUAGAAUUAGAGCAAUGCAAUUACUGGUCAGCUUUGUAUAAUGCGGUAGUCGUGUGUGGACAUGCACUUUCCAGAUAACAAGAAUAAAACAAGCCCCAGUACAACAAACAGGAUAUUACAAAUAUCAUAUCACUGCAGCAAAUUAUCACACAGCCUUAUUACUCUCCUGGGAUAUUAAGCAUCCGGAUUAGGCAAGCAGGCAAUUGCAGUGUCUCAAUAUCCAAUUAAGUUAUGAAAUUAUCAGACCAAUGAGUGGCAAAGCGGCACUUAACACGACUUGAAAACAGGCCAUUGAAAGCAAUAAUGCUUAAACAAAAUUACUGAUUUAUUAUUUUAGCCUCAAUCAAUCCUAAUGCAAAGGCAACUAAAUUGCAUUAACCGCAGAGGUGUUGCUUACGAAGUAAGUGAAACAUACAUUUCACCCGGAUUUUCUUUACAUAAUUGGACAGCAGAUUUUCCCCCACACAGUCAUAAAGUGCUAUAGAGUACAACACUGAGGCAUUGUGACGCGGUGUUUCUGUGGGCCCUGCGUGUCGCAGGCGUAAACGCCUGGGCGUACGAAAAGCGCAAUGUUGUCAUGUGAAAACUCCACGAGAAGCCCCCACCGCCCCCCAUUGGGUUAAUAGGUCCGCAUUGUUUUUGACGACAUGGCCAAUAGAAAUCAAGAGUCCACAGUGUGUCCACGCUCGAAUGAGCCGAGCGAUUUCGAGCUUUUGGACGCUCAGCCGUGGUGCCACACGGCCAUUGGUGCCCCUGACAUUGUCUUUCCAAGACCUCACUCACACCCAACACACCACUUGGAGGGCCAAUUCCUUCUGCACAUUCUACACGGAACUGCCCCAGUGUGUUGCCGUGUCAUGGGUUCCACACAUGGCUGGCGUUCCCAAUAAGUUAGCGGCCAUAAAAUUGGAGUCCAUCGACCCCCCCCAUUAUAAACCUGGACCUGUGUAACCAAUACGUUGAGCAAUAUGGAGAGAAGUGGGAGUCACCAACACGUUGCUGAGUGCUUGUAUUACUCUUCUACAAAGAACAAAACAAACGUGAGGUUUCAUGACAGUUGUGAAUUCCGGCGGUCGUACAGCCUCGUGACUCAUUAACAUGCCACGUGCAGAUUCUGUGAAAUUGCGGUUGUCAAACCUUCACGAGACAAAAUUUCCCCACAAAGAUAAUACUGAGAAUGUGCUGUUGUAGAAUUUUGAGAGAAGUAAUUACAUUUAAUUCGAACAUUUUCGUAAUGUGGGGGGUGGAGUGGCUCCCGGAAUAUAAAGUGAGCAUUAACGGUGUGGCUAAACGUACGAUUAAAGCUGAACGUUUAAGAUAUCCUCGAUGCAUAAUUUACAUGUCAGCAGUUAAUAUUUUCAAAAUAGUACCAAAUGGCACAACGUGAAACGAAAGUUUAUAUUUAUGAAAUGUUUAUGCCGUUACCACGGAUGGUACGAAGAUUUUGAAAGGUUCAUUGGUAACUUGGCUGCACGUUUCAAAUGUUCUGUUUGUGGGCUUCACAUGUAGCUACCGAUGGUGCUUUCUCGUGUUUGAAUAUACGGCCGUGGUCUUAAAAGUUAAUAUUUAAAGAAAGUUUCUCAACGAUGGAACUCCAGUUUUAAUAAUAAAAUUACAUUAACUCAAA